AUGUCGCCGAGAAGUGAAGAUCAAGUUCCCGAGAACGCUCCAGAGCACUGUCCAGGUCCUGAGAGCCAGAAUGCCGGUCAAGCCGAUGCUUGUGCUGGAUGUCCCAAUCAAACGAUCUGCGCAUCAGCACCCAAGGGCCCCGAUCCAGAUAUUGCGACGAUUACCGCCCGACUGGAGCCUGUCAAACAUAAGAUCCUGGUUCUGUCCGGUAAAGGCGGUGUAGGGAAAUCAAGUUUUACUUCGCAGCUGGCGUUUGCUCUGGCACACGAUGAAGACAGUCAAGUGGGUGUCAUGGAUAUCGAUAUUUGCGGACCGUCGAUUCCGACGAUCAUGGGAUUGGAGGGCGAACAGAUUCAUCAGAGUAACAGCGGCUGGCAGCCGGUGUUUGUCCAAGACAAUUUAGCCGUGAUGAGCAUUGCCUUCAUGUUACCCAAUAAGGAUGAUGCGGUGAUUUGGCGUGGGCCCAAGAAAAACGGUUUGAUUAAGCAAUUCCUUCGAGACGUCGAUUGGGGUGAGUUGGACUUUUUACUGGUGGAUACACCCCCGGGCACUUCGGACGAGCACUUGUCGGUCGCAUCGUUCCUCAAAGACAGUGGCAUUGACGGCGCCGUCAUUAUUACAACUCCGCAAGAAGUCGCAUUGCAAGAUGUCCGCAAAGAAAUUGAUUUCUGUCGCAAAGCCAAGAUCCCUAUUCUGGGUCUCGUCGAAAACAUGUCAGGCUUCGUGUGUCCCAGUUGUCACGGCGAAUCGGUCAUUUUUCCUCCCACCACCGGCGGAGCCGAAGCCUUAGCGAAAGAACUGAAUAUCGAGUUGCUGGGCAAAAUUCCUCUCGAUCCGCGUGUGGCCAAGAGUUGCGAUAUGGGUCUGUCGUUCCUUGACGAACAUCCGGAUUCUCCAGCAUGCGAGGCUUAUGAGGCCAUUAUUGACAGACUUCGCGACAUCAUCGAACAAUAG